CUGGCGGGUAUAGUUAGUUGGAAGCCUCACCUGAGGGGAGGAUGCUUCACCCAGGAGCCUCAAUCGGGACUCCAACCAGGCUCUUCACCGCGGAGCUUCCCCAGCUAGGAGGCUGGAUGUUUCAGUGAGACAACGAACCCUGGGUAUUGAGGUAAAGAAUCCUGCAACAUUACUUUGGGGGCUCAUCUGGGAUAUCAACGUCUUCUAACUAACCAGUGUGGAAGGGGCCACAUAUGGUAAUCUUGGCAACUCCUACUGCUAUCCUGGAUUCUUCACUCUGGAGUUAAGCUGUGGUUUCUUCCAUCAGAACAGGACAACACAGAGCCCAAGUAGACUUGUGAAGCAGGAGAAAGCCUUAUAUUGAUCUUCAAAAAAAGGACACCACAGAAUGAAGAUAAGUAAUGCAAUAUAUUGGAAAAUAAUAAUAAUAUGCCUAUGGGGUUCAGGAACACAUCCUGUUUGUAUUCCACCGACCCCACCACUAUUAGGGUUGAACGACGGGACCCCUUUGGUUGAGGCAGCUAACCUAACUUUUACAGAGGGAGACCGUGUUAUAAAAUAUGACUUGGAAUAUGGCAAUUUUACAAUUUGGCAUUGGGAUAAUAGCCAUACCCUUAAUUUACCUAAGGGCCAACCUUUUUCAGGUUACUUAUUUAUAAAAUUAAACCAAAGUCAUAAAUAUUGGGCUGAAAUUUUGCCCAAUAAUGAAACUGGAAGGGAAUUAUAUAACUCAAAUAAAAAGAUACAUUGUAUUGCCAUAGAUAUAGAUGAUAAAGAAAUUAAAAAGGUCCCAGGUUAUGAAGACCGAGAUAUUGCGGCUGGAUGUGUGACAUGCCAUAGUACUGCUUGUCCCCAUAGUCUCCUGCCCUGCCAAUGCGGCUGGAAGGCUAAUAACACAUUAUUCUUAAAGGUCCAAUGGUGGACCCAAGUGCCUAUGGAAAACAUCACAGUUAGACCCGGAAGGCUUUGGGAACCUUUGUGGCAAACCCAAACCACAGCCUACCUGGGAGUCUCCUGGAUUUUGUUAAGUCUAACUUGGGACACCCAGAGGUUUUGGGUUGAUACUUACUAUCCCAAUUGUUCCCACUCCUUAGAUUUACAACGGAAACAACACCUAUGGUGGAUACAACAACACUGGCCAGAAAACAAAAAGAUAACGAAAAAAGACCUUAUAGGAGGGCUAGGAACAGGAUUACGUAUAUUGGGGCAGGCGGAAUUUGCUGCCAAUGAAGAACAACACAAUUUAGAAAAGGAUUCCUUAUCAAAAAUAGGGCAUGUUGAAGGAACUUUGUUUCAAGAAGAAGGUAAAGGAUGGGAAGUUCUUUUAAAAGAAAAGGAGUCCAUAGUAAGGUGGAUAAGUAAGACCAGAGAAACCCUACAAAGACAUUUCCAAACUCAAACCUGGGAAAGGGCAUGUAUUCUAACCCAGAAAGGAUUGCUCACCAUGUUAAAUCAGAUGGAAUCUGAGGUGGCUAUGAGACGAUGGCCUACUCUAAUGGAUGCUGAAGUGGAAACUCAAAAAUUAUGGCCUAUGUAUGGAAGCCCCAAGUUAUGGAAGAUUAUUAAUGGGAGCUGUAACUUGAGGCGUUGCUUUUUAAAGGCACAUGUGCCCCGGAUGGACCAUGCUAAUUCAUAUCCAAUAGUUCAGCUUGCAGGCAUAGGGACUAUAUUAAAUCAGACAAGGAUUUUGCCAGUGGGGAGUCGAUGGGCUGUAAUGCCAAAUGAGUCAGCUUGGGCUGCCAUAUCUCUUUCAAACUGUGAAGAGAGAAAUAAAAUCUGGCUGUGCCCUCAACAAACAUGGAGCCCUGAUUUCACUCAGGUCUGGCCCCUCGUCUCUAUCCCAAUAACCAAUAGCAUUUGGUACAUGGGUAGAGGGAAGUUUUGCUGGGAAGGUAAACAAGGGGAAAUAGCUGACACAGAGAGCUUUACCUGUGAGCAUAUGUAUCAUGUACUAAAUCAUACUGGAGUAUGGUGCAACACUGGAACAGUUGGUCGAAUACAUUUACAAAAGAGUAACAAGACUUACAGUAAUCUGGAUAUCAAAGAUCAAUCUUUCCUUGAAAUAGAAUUAAAUAUGCCUCAUGGAGUUGUUCCUAUGGAAACUGGAUGGCCAAAGGAGGAAUUGAGGAUUGAGGGCCAUGAACUAAUUCGGGUGCUUAAUUAUUCUAAUCAACAAUAUCACGAGAUCGAAACAAAUAUGGAAGAGGGAGGAAAAACUAUUGACAAAUUCAUAAAACAAUAUGACCAGACAUGCCAGAGAUAUUUUGGGUGGCUACAAUGCAUCUUUCUUUCCCAUGGUGUGGCUUCUUCCCUGGGAGGCAUUGCAUUUGGAAUAUUGAUGCUUGUUGGUCUGAUAGUCUUUUUAUAUGUCAUUUGUAGAUGCUGUCGCAUACGCCAGAAAAAUAAGACAUCCAAGAAAUUUUGCUAGCCCAGAGGUUCCAAACACCCUCCCAUUAUUUUAGACAUCUGGAUUGACCUCUGAACCUGCCCUGACUGCCCUUCCCCUGUCAUCGCCCCCCUUCAGCAGGAAGCAGUUAAGAUUGGUCGUCGUCCCAGUUCCUAAUGGCAGUUAGGAGUCACGUGUUCAGAGGGGGAAUAUGAUAGGGAAAAGAUAGGUUAAAAUAGGCAGAGAGGGAAAAGUUAGAACCUGAGGCCCCUGGGUGGGAAAAACACAUAUUUUGGAACAAUGCUGGGAGCUCUGACCACAGCAAAUCCUCCCAGGCAUAGGGCUCCUCUUAAGAAUGUAAAACACCACCUACUCCCCUCAGGUUCCUCUCAGGAAUUUGACCAUCAAAAUGCCUAACUAAAAUAAGUAAACCAUAAAACUUACAUCAUAUGAGGGACAA